AGACAUCAUGGCUUUCACUGUGCUAACUGAUCAUGACGUCAAACAAUUACUGGGCGAUCUCACAUCUAACGAUACCCGCGAACUCAUCACUGGCUUGCAGGAAAUCCUUGCAGCCUACUCGUGUCAGAAUGAGAAGCAAUUUCAGCCUGAACGUGCUGUUGUUUCUCGGAAGAAUGGGAAAAGGAGCCUAUUCAUGCCUGCUACAACACCACAGUCAGUCGGUGUCAAGAUCGUGGGCAUUGCUGAUUCUUCCAACCCGAUUGUUGCCUCGUCGGAGCCAUCGCCACCACAGCCAGGAAUACGCAGCGUCCUUACCUUGUGUAAUGCUGGAGGAGAAGCUGUUGGUAUACUGAAUGCCGCUGAGCUUACCGCUUUCCGCACCGCCCUUGGAUCUAUGCUUCUCUACCAGUUUCGUAAAGAGACGGGCAAUAUCGUGGUCUUCGGCUCAGGGAAGCAAGCGCAGUGGCACAUUCGCUUAGCUGUGUCGCUACGUGCGCAGGAUAUCCGCAGGAUUGUUAUCGUCAAUCGAAGCCGCGAGCGAACACAAGGGCUAAUCACAAGCCUAGUCGAAGACUCACAUUCACCCUGGCCGUCAAAUAUCGAAUUGUACCAGUUUGACGAAUGUAACAGAACCCUCGAGGACGUGGUUGCGGCUGCGGACGUCAUGUUCUGCACCACUCCAGCCACCGAACCUCUUUUUCCCGCGAAAUUUCUCACUUCAGAAAUGUCUCGGAACAAAACUCGAUACAUCUCCGCUAUCGGCUCAUAUCGGCUGGACAUGGCAGAAAUCGAUCCGGAGCUCCUCAAGGUUAUUGUGGAUCCCUCUGGAAUAUUUUCGCAGCAAGUAUGGGAAGGACAUAUCGUGGUUGACACGCGCGAAGGUUGUCUGCUUGAGGCUGGAGAACUUGUCAGUGCAGGUAUAGAUCAGAGUAAGAUGCUUGAGGUCGGACAAAUUAUAGGAUCCAACGGUGUCGCUUCUGUGCAUACUGAGUGGCUUGAAAGCGGCUUCGUCGUAUACAAAAGCGUCGGAGUUGGUGUUAUGGACAUAGCAGUGGGGCAAAAGCUUCUACAACUUGCAAAAGCGAAGAGAAUUGGGUUGACUUUGGCAGCGUUUUAGAAAGUAGGUCAUGAUGUAUUUGAUGAGAGGUCUGGGUUACUGUGUUAUCUCAAUCCAUAGACAAUCACCUACAUGGCCACAGGCUG